AUGAUCCUAGCUGGCUAUGCAAACGCCCUUCCAAACUUCACUCGACCACUCGCAACUUACAAAUGGCCAAGCCAGCUCGUUCGCACCGACCAAGCCAACAUCCAAGUCCUAGUCCAAGCUGCCGGAAGCACGGUGGUACUACUCCCUUCAUACGGAAGAGAUGGCGGAGACGACUACAACUAUUUCACGAACCAGCUAGUAUCCGCCGGGUACCUCGUAUUACGUCCUCAACCACGGGGAACCUUCGAGUCAACUGACCCCAUGACCAAUGUCAAUUUGGCAGAUCUAGCAGCCGACAUCGCAGCCGUGAUCGACAAUCUAGGUGGUGGAAAAGCAGUCGUGAUCGGUCAUGCGUUCGGCACAUUUCUUGCAAAAGUGAGCUCGGUACUUUACCCGGAGAAAAUUCCUGCCAUUGUCAUCGCAGCUCCGGGAGGCAUUGAUUUACCCACUGAUGUUGCUCAACUUCCCUUCGUCGCGGGUAAUACCUCGCUGCCUCUUUCUGAGCGGCUUAAGGCUUUGCAAUCUGCUUUCUUUGCUCCGGGUCACGACGCCCAUGUCUGGUUGAACGGGUGGUAUCCUGAUGUUCUUGCCAUGGAGCACGCUGCUGUAGAGGAAUAUGGCAGCUUGAAGGAAUACUGGACUGGCGGGAAUAAUACACAGGUUCUGGAGUUGAUCCCCGCGGAGGAUCCGUUUCAGCCUAGCAAUCAGUGGAAUGUAACUUCCACAUUGUACCCGGAGCGAGCAACUUCUGUUGUUAUUACUGAUGCUGCUCAUGCACUUUUCCCUGAGCAGCCAAGAGCUGUCGUUGAAGCUGUUUUGCCAUGGUUGAAACAACAGAGCUCGAAGUUGUGA